AUGACCUCAACCCCGGCCACCAAUGGGGUGUUUGUGGUCAUCCCCCCCAACAACGCCAGCGGAAUCCAGCCGGGCCCAGCCAUGCUGCCCAGGACCCUGUGCCAGUCUCCGGGGACUCUGCAGUUUGAGGACCCACCAUUGGGCUCACAGCCUCCCGGAAACGUGCCUCCUCAGAGACUUCUACCCGCAGAAACCUUCCUGAACGGGGAGCCCAAGGCCUUAGGGACGGUCCAGAUCCUGAUCGGCCUCAUCUACAUCAGCUUCGGCAGCGUCCUGCUGAUGUUCCGGAGGGGCUACGUGGGCAUGUUGUUCGUGGACGGAGGGAUCCCCUUCUGGGGAGGAGUGUGUUUCAUCAUCUCUGGAUCCCUCUCGGUGGCUGCAGAGAAGCAUCAUACCAGCUGUCUGGUCAAAAGCAGCCUGGGGAUGAACAUCCUCAACAUCAUCGCUUCCUUUGCUGCCACGGCCAUCCUGCUGAUGGACUUUGGGGUGACUAACUGGGACGUGGGCCGGGGUUACCUGGCCGUGCUCACCAUCUUCACCAUCCUGGAGUUCUUCAUUGCUGUCAUUGCCACCUAUUUCGGGUGCCAGGCGACCCGUUCCAGCACCAAUACACGGUCCAUGGUUUUCCUGCCCAGCGCCUUCAGCACCGACUUCAACAUCCCCAGCCCGGCCGCCACCCCGCCCCCCGCCUACGACAACGUGGCCUACACCUCAAGGCCCCAGACGGUGGCUCGGAAGGCCCUGCCCCUUAUCCCCACUACAGUGACUUGGAAGUCCUGUCCCGCUCAUCCCCGUACGGUGGCUCGGAAGGCCCUGUCCCCUUAUCCCCACUACGGUGGCUCGGAAGGCCCUGUCCGGCUCAUGCCCGCCCUGUCCGUCUCGUCCCCCAGGACGGUGGCUCCGAAGGCCCUGUCCCCUUUUCCCCACUACGGUGGCUCGGAAGGCCCUGUCCGGCUCAUCCCCCGGAUGGUGGCUCGGAAGGCCCUGUCCCCUUUUCCCCAUACGGUGGCUCGGAAGGUCCUGUCCAGUUUGUCUCCAGGCAUCUCCGCUUGGGGCGCGCAGCGCGGCCUCAGAAUCAGACGCCGAGACCAGAACCUGCCCCCAGGCCUGCAGCUGUCGGGGAGGCUCUCCCAGCCUCGGGUUCCCCAUUACAAGGCGGGACCCACGAGUCGGCGCCGUGAGAAGCUUUGA